AUGGGAGAUUUGCCGCCAGAGAGAGUUACUCCGACAUUGCCCUUCAUCAUCACCGGGAUAGACUUCUGUGGACCGUUCCAGUACCGUAAAACCAGGAAGGCACCUCCCAUAAAGUGUUUCGUAGCCAUCUUCGUGUGCCUUGUAACCAAGGCAGUUCAUGUAGAGCUAGUCUACGACCUCUCCACUGCGGCGUUCAUAGCAGCGUUGCAUCGGUUUAUUGCUCGAAGAGGAAAGCCGAGCCUCAUAGAGUGCGACAAUGCCACAAACUUCAGAGGAGCAGCGCGGGAGUUGAAGGAACUGGCCAAGCAGUUUCGCUCUCAGCAACACCAAGGUGAAGUAGUCGACCGCUGCGCAGAUGAAGGCAUCAUUUUCAAGUUCAUUCCGCCACGCAGCUCAAACUUUGGCGGGUUGUGGGAGGCGGCUGUGAAGUCCUUCAAACAACAUUUUCGUCGAACCGUCGGGAACUCUGUCCUCUCUCAGGACGAAUUCGUCACUCUGCCGACCCGCAUCGAAGCCUGCCUAUACUCGCGGCCUUAG